GCCUGGCAGGCGGAGAAGGAGCGCUCGUCCCGGCCGCCGACUCUGCGCUGUGCUGCGCCCUGCCCGCCCCCUGCCUCCCCGGCAGCACCGCGGGCCGGGCCCGGUUCCUAGCGGCCCCCGCGCACCCAGCGAGCCGCAGCCCGGCCGGGAAGAUGGCGACGCUGGGAGGCGAGUCCCAGCCUUUCCCCGCUGGCCUGGCGGCGGCCGGGGCGCUGCACCCCCAGCACCUCGGCGGGGGCGCCGGCUCGCUCGGCUACAACCUGCCGCUCAGCCGCGCGCUGGAGCGGGCGCUGGAGGAGGCGGCGCACUCCGGGGGGCUCAGCCUGAGCGCCAGGAAGCUGAAGGAGUUUCCGCGGGGCGCGCCCGGGCACGACCUCUCCGACACCGUGCGGGCAGAUCUGUCCAAGAAUAGAUUAACUGAAGUUCCUAUGGAGCUGUGCCAUUUUGUGUCACUGGAAACACUAAAUCUAUACCACAAUUGUAUUAAAAUUAUUCCAGAUGCCAUAGUGAAUUUACAAAUGCUGACUUACUUAAAUUUGAGUCGAAAUCAGCUUUCUUCUUUGCCAGCUUGCCUGUGUGGUCUUCCUCUAAAAGUCUUAAUUGCAAGUAACAAUAAGCUAGGUUCCCUUCCAGAAGAGAUAGGUCAGCUAAAACAGUUAAUGGAACUGGAUGUCAGCUGCAAUGAAAUCACAACUUUGCCACAGCAGAUAGGCCAGUUGAAAUCUCUAAGAGAACUGAAUAUCAGAAGAAAUUACCUCAAGGUUUUACCACAAGAACUUAUAGAGCUUCCCUUGGUAAAGUUUGACUUUUCCUGCAAUAAAGUGCUCGUGAUUCCAGUUUGUUUUAGAAAGAUGGUGCAGUUACAAGUAUUAUUGCUUGAGAACAAUCCUCUGCAGUCUCCACCAGCACAAAUUUGUAUAAAGGGUAAAGUGCACAUAUUCAAAUAUCUGAGCAUACAGGCGUGCCAGAUUAAAACAACAGACUCACUUUAUCUUAAUGCCAUAGAACGACCACACUUGCAGCAACCUGUGGAAGAGAGCAUUGACGACAUAUAUCCAAGUAAGAAGGAUUCUGAUUCAGGCGUUGGCAGUGAUAACGGAGAUAAACGUUUGUCAGCUACAGAGCCCUCUGAUGAAGAUACUGUCAGCCUUAAUGUACCAAUGUCAAAUAUUAUGGAAGAAGAUCAGAUUAUAAAGGAAGAUUCGGGUCACCACAUCAACCUAGUCCAAGUAGAAUUUCAUCAGGGACCUUCUCUUAUGAUUCACAAUGAUAAGUCAAGAGAAGCAGGAAACCAGUUUGCUGAAGGAUCACAUCCCCUCACGACUGAAUUUAUGAGCUACAUCAAGGGCAGAGCAGCAGAAUGUGAUCAAUUAUUGCGAAUAGAAGAGAACACACAUUGGCAAACAGAAGGAAUAACAAAUACAUCAAACAAGCAAAAUAUUGAUAUAGCCAUGAUAGAUCAUUUAAAAGAAGCAGUAGAUUUGCUACAAGAUCCCAACAGAUUAAGCAUGGAUAUUACAGAGAGCAGUGGUGUGAAUCUGUAUCCCAUGGAAUCAGCAACAGAUUUAGAAUUACAGGAGUCUACAGUAAAUGGCCAAAUGCAGAUGGAGGAGGCUCCUAUCUAUCAGAAUGAAAAUGCUGAGGAGGAAUUAGAAUUUCAGAAGAGGAGAGAAUUGAUUAUAGAGAAAACCAAGACUGAAGCCAAAAUAGCAUGUAAGCAGGAUGAGACGCAACUACUGAGUCAGAAUGAUCUGAUUGUCUGGAAUAUAGGAGGAUGCAGUUCUCACAAUGAGAGUAAGGAAAAAACUCCCACACAAUCUCCUACUACAAACAACACAGCUCCUUUUGGCCUGAAGCCACGAUCAGUAUUUUUAAGACCACAGAGAAAUUUGGAAUCCAUAGACCCUCAAUUUACAAUUCGGAGGAAAAUGGAACAGAUGAGAGAAGAGAAAGAGCUUGUGGAGCAAUUCCGUGAGAACAUUGAAAUGAGACUAAAGAUUUGUUUGCCUGAAGACUUGGGGUCUGCUCUUAUGGAUGGGGUCGUUCUCUGUCAUUUAGUCAAUCACAUUCGUCCUCGAUCUGUGGGAAGUAUCCAUGUACCCUCACCAGCAGUACCUAAACUUAGCAUGGCCAAAUGCAGGAGAAAUGUGGAAAACUUUCUGGAUGCAUGUAGGAAACUGGGUAUACCAGAGGAGAAGCUCUGCCUACCACAUCACAUCCUAGAAGAAAAGGGCUUGGUAAAAGUGAGCAUAACAGUUCAAGCAUUACUAGAUGUAACCACAAUGAAGCAAGCUUUAUUCACAUGA